ACAUCUCUCCAUCUUCCUGUCCCUCCCGUCCCCGCAGACACGGAACGGCUGUAUUCAGUGGUGUUCCAAGAAAUCUGUGGGCGCUACGGGAAGACGUACAGCUGGGACGUCAAGUCCCUCGUCAUGGGCAAGAAGGCCUUCGAGGCGGCCCAGGUCAUCAUAGACGUGCUGCAGCUGCCGAUGUCCAAAGAGGAGCUGGUGGCAGAGAGCCAGGCCAGGCUCGAAGCGCUGUUCCCCACGGCGGGCCUCCUGCCAGGGGUGGAGAAGCUGAUCCACCAUCUGCGAAAGCAUCGCGUGCCCUUUGCCGUGGCCACCAGCUCCGGGUCCGACACCUUCGUGAUGAAGACCAGCGCGCACAAAGCGUUCUUCAGCCUCUUUCAUCACGUCGUGCUGGGGGACGACCCCGAAGUGAAGAACGGCAAGCCGGACCCCGACAUAUUCCUCGCGUGUGCGAGGAGGUUCCUCCCCCCCGCCCCCGUGGACAAGGAUCUGGUGCCGACCGUGCGACUUACCUGUACUUACCUUGAAGACUCAGUGCAGGGGCCUGCCGACCCCUCGCUGCUGUCUGUGCUGAGCAACCUGGCUGGGGACGCAGACGCACGGUGGCCCUGGUGCCCUGCUGCCAACUCACGCGUCUCCAGAGUGUGCCUUGUCUUUGAAGACGCUCCCAACGGGGUGGAGGCGGCCCUCGCAGCCGGGAUGCAGGUGGUCAUGGUGCCCGAUGCACACCUGCGCCGAGACCUGACGGCCAAGGCCACCGUGGUGCUGGAGUCCCUGCAGGACUUCCGGCCCGAGCUCUUCGGGCUGCCGCCCUACGAGUGAGCGGCGGCCACGCUGCUCCGCCUGCCCCGCACCCGCGUGUCACCAUCGCCACGUCGCCCUCGUCCCAGCCUCACCCCUGUGCGCUGGCUCCAAAACGAUGAUAGGCUGUAGCCCCACGGUCGAGAGGAAACAAGGUAGAGACAGCGGGCAGGGUGCACUGAGCACAGCUGUCCCUUGCACAGUUAGAGUUGCCUACUGUAUUAGUCUUAGCAUAGUCAGAGUCACACACAGUGAGCACACGUGCACACACAUCCAUGCUUAUGUGUGAACACGCACGCAGAUAUGUACGCGUGUGUAUACAUACGUGCAUAGAUAUGUAAAAUACAAGGAAAAAUGAAAUUACGUUUGUGUUCAUUUCUUUUUAGUUUUUCUAAACCCUGACUAGAACAUGUAAAAAAUGCACACAUAUAUUUAUAUGCUUUAGUCCGUGUGUGUGUGUGUACGUAUACAUAUUUAUAAUUUAUGUUCAUUGUAAAUAUUUACAGUGUACAUAAACACUGCAGAAAUUGAUACUCUUUUUUGCCUUCGAAAUACCUCUCGACCAUAUCACCGGUGGUAUUUUUAGUAUGAACAUAAUUUUAGCCUGUAUCUCAUACCUAGGCACAUACCCACAUUCAAAAAUGGUUUAUAGCUCAAAAAUUUAUCCUCUCUCCUCUGAGAACAUUUAUUUUUCUAAUAUGUGCCUUGAUGUAUAUGUAAUUUGAUUUCCGAAUGUGUACUUGGUACAGCCCAGAGCCACAGCACAUUUCCAGGAUAAUUCAUCAGAUGUUACACUUUGGCCAUUAAUCCCCUUUAAUUGAUUUACUCUGCCUUUUGUGAGUGACAGGCAUUGAAAUGGGACACAUACAAUCACAGGGGUGUGCCUGCUUCUGUACCCUUGCAGUUGGUCUCUGUCAUUAAUUGUCAUUGAGCUAAUUUUCAACUCUCAGUUGUAGAAAAAACAUAGUAAUGUAUGUGAUUGUCUGUUGGAUGAUUGCCUGUGAAUGAUCGCCUCUGGCUGGUGACCGAUUGUACCUCAGUUCAGCAGCAAAUUCAUUUCACAUUCUCGAAGGCCUGUGUACUUGUCUGUUCUUUGAAUUCUCCUUCAACUGGCUGUAACAUUUCACUGGUUAGCCCGCCAGUUAAUUUACUUGAAUAAAAUUUUUGACAGCUGUUCACAUUA